UCCAACGGCUACAAUCCAAUUUCCACUAUAAAUGGUGCCUUUUCUCCAACGGCUACAAUACCACUCAUCCUCAUUUCACUAAACACAAUCAUCCCUCGCCAACAUCUUUUGCGCCUUCACCGCCAUCUCUUCUUCAUCAUCAAUAAAAUCCAAGUCACGAUUCUACGAUGAGCUUCUGGAUUCACGGCACCGGUGCAAGACCUGAGGCGCAACGCUUUCUUCUCUGAGGAAGAGAUGGAAAAACAGAGAAAGAUAAGACACGGUGGAAAACACAAGAAAGAUAAACUCACAUUGCUUCCUUUUCAAUCACCAAAUUAGUUCUAUAACAACAAAAUUGAAAGAUUGAUUCAAAAAAUUGAAGAAAAUGGUUGUCAGUAUACCAAAGGUAGAAGAUAAUUCUGUUAAUGAGAUACCAAAAUCAUCGGUUACUCAGGAAGAAAAAGAUGAAAAAAACAGUUUUUGUAUUUCUUCAAUUAAAAUAUCAGCUGGAAAUUUGAAGAAAAAGAAGCUUCUUGUUCUUGAUAUUAAUGGUCUUCUUGUUGACAUUAUUUCUCCACCUCCAAAACAUGUCAAAGCAGAUGCAUCAAUAUCCAGAAAAGCAUUGUUCAAGAGGCCUUUUUAUGUAGAGUUUCUGAAUUUCUGCUUUGAGAAUUUUGAAGUGGCUGUCUGGUCUUCUAGAUUGAAGAAAAAUGUUGAUAGUGUGAUUGAUUAUUUGAUGGGAGACAUGAAACAAAAGUUGCUUUUCUGUUGGGACCUGUCACAUUGUACUGAAACAAGUUUCAAAACACUUGAAAACAAGCACAAGCCACUAGUUUUUAAGGAUUUGAGGAAAAUUUGGGACAAGUAUGAUCCUAAUCUUCCUUGGGAGAAGGGUUACUACAAUGAAUCAAAUACAUUGCUUUUGGAUGAUUCUCCUUACAAGGCAUUACUUAAUCCUCCACACAACUCAAUCUUUCCUCAUACAUUCAGCUUUGAGCAUCAGAAUGAUAAUUCACUAGCGGUUGGAGGUGAUCUACGGCGAUAUCUUGAUGGAUUGGCAAAAGCUGAAAAUAUGGUGAAGUAUGUUGAAGAACAUCCAUUUGGUCAAGAAUGUAUCAGUGAAACAAGUGAAGCUUGGGAAUUUUACCUCAAAGUUAUCAAUAGUCUUUCUACAUGUCAACUUGAAAAGUGAAAAUGUGGUCUCUUUGAAUUAGAAUAUGAUCAACUUACUCAGACUAAUUAUUUUUUCAUAGUUGUAUAUUAGAUGCCCUUUUUGAUUAUGGUUUUUCUCUUUAUGGAAGGGCUGAAGAAUUUUGAGAAAAAAUCUUGUUAGAUUGAAUUUUGCAGAAA